AUGCAACCUGAUUAUCAAAACUGUCUUCAGCAGGAUCUUGAUAAUUGGAAUGAUUCUCCACCUUCUGAUCUAAAUGAAGAUCUUACAUUAGAUAAGCCUUACACUAAAGAGAUUUCAGCUAAGGAAACAUCAACAAAAAAGAUUAGCCGAAAAAAGAAAGUUAGUAUAAAUAAGGUAGAACAUAAUACCAAAGUUUCAUCACAUAUGGUAGAAAAAAAUAUCUCUUCUAUAGAUAAUGCACAGAGUGUACAAACUUUGUCUGAUAUAUUUAGAAGAAAAGCUAAUCUUGAAAAAUUAAUAAAAAAUACUGAAAAAUUAGCUCCUAUGUGCCUGUCUUUGCCUCAGUAA